AUGUUCUGCAAUGUUAGCUUGACGGCUAUCACUAUGCCACCUCUAUCUUCACCUCUUAACUCAAAGGAUUUAAGAGCACAUAAGACGGCGGAUAACGAUAACGUUGUGCAGGGUCUGUUAAAGAAGGACUGGAAUUGGGAUUGGAAAUGGGAUUAUAGUGACCUCUAUGAAGCAAACGAAGGUAAUGACAAAGGACAAAAGGAUAGCAUUGAUCUUUCCACUGAGAGUCCAUUCUAUUUUAUGGGAUUCUAUGGCCAAGACAGAAUCAAUGAAGUUACCAAACGUCCUCCAGUCAAUUCUUAUCCCAAUCAUACAAGCCAAUUUCCAAACACCGGCUUUAACGAUCUGAGAUUGGCAACCCUAACAACAUCCACCAGAAACCCAGAGACCAUUCCAAAACCUCCAAACCCUCAGACUCAGCAACGCACCUUCUUACUCACUACUCUCCUUCCGAUAUGUAUUAUAAUCGUAAUACUAUUAGCUGUUGCAUUGGCUAUCGUCUGGUAUUUGAAGUUCAGGGGUGGUGCUACAGGAAGAAAUCAACAAAAACUUGACAAUGAAGAUGGUAGACCUGCUGUUGGAAAUAUUGAUGGCAGUAAUGGGGAGAGGGUUCCUCUGAAAGAAGACAAGAAAACGGAAGGAAAGAAAAAUGGUCUCACCAUUGCCAAUAAUGGAAGCCAAGUGACAAAUAAAACGCCAAAGAAAUCAAGGCUUUGCGCUAUUGUGGUUAAUAAAGUGGAUUCGCUUCCUCCUAUUAAACUUGGUUUAAUCAAUAAUGCCUACUACAGGGUCGACUAUACACCAAAAGAAAAAUGA